AACUUCUUUAUUAAUGACCUAACUAGGAAUUGUAGAAUUUUUUAGCUACUGAAACUCAAAUUUUAAUCCAUAAAUCAAUUACUACUCAGAAGUCCAAAUCAUAGAUCCUUCUGCCUAAAAAAAAAGAUAAGAUGUGUUACAACCAUGAAGAAGAAUGGCGAAGAGAAGGAAACAAUCACACGCCACCAUCGUCGACGGCAUCAAGAAACGCCGCUAUCAACAGAUCGGCUGCUCUUGUUGAGAAUUUGACCCUAAGGCUAGCCGACACUGAGCUGAGACUCCAAAGAGCUAGGGCUAGGGAAGCCGAACUGAGCCGCCAACUCCUUGAAAUGAAACGCUUCGUUUCAGUCAUGGAGAUUCUUGAAUCUUACCUUAAACGACGUUUCCGUGAACAACAAGACCUCCUUACUCGCCUGCUUUCAUCGGGUUUAGGUGGUUGAUUUGAUAGUUUUCUUGAAUGUAAUUAGGGUUAAUGUGAUGUUAAGGAAGAUAACAAGUUGCAAUCCGAUGUUUAAUCAUGAGUUCAUGACUGUAUACCAAGAGAUUUAUUCA